AAGUUACUUAAAUGGUCUCAAUAUUUUUUUUUUAUUGUAGGUUUCAUAUAUACUGGAGAAGUUGUGCAUCGAAUGCUAACAGCUACACAAUAUAUUGCACCCUUAAUGGCAAAUUUUGACCCCAGUGUAUCAAGAAAUUCAACAGUCAGAUACUUUGAUAAUGGCACAGCACUAGUUGUCCAGUGGGACCAUGUACAUCUGCAGGAUAAUUACAACCUGGGCAGUUUCACUUUUCAGGCCACCCUUCUCAGUGAUGGGCGUAUCAUUUUCGGCUACAAAGAAAUUCCUGUCGCUGUGACACAGAUAAGUUCAACCAACCACCCAGUGAAAGUGGGACUCUCCGAUGCAUUUGUGGUCGUGCACAGGAUCCAGCAAAUUCCCAAUGUCCGUAGAAGAACAAUUUAUGAGUACCACAGAGUGGAGCUACAGAUGUCAAAGAUUACCAAUCUUUCAGCUGUUGAAAUGAUACCACUUCCAACUUGUCUCCAGUUUACCAGCUGUGGUCCGUGUGUCACUGCCCAGAUUGGUUUCAACUGCAGCUGGUGCAGUAAACUCCAAAGAUGUUCCAGUGGAUUUGACCGUCACCGGCAAGAUUGGGUAGACAGUGGUUGCCCUGAAGAG